GUACAGAUGCCCGAGAACGCCCAAGGCUUGUUCACGGAUAAGACUCGACUGCACCAACAUACUUUCAAACAGUCAUAAUUCGGCCCGAGUACGUCCCAUAUCUUAUCAAUUAUGAUAGCAGGCGGUAAGAUUAAAAUCCGUGAGGCGUAAGGAAAAAUGCCUCUUCCAUCAGAGGGAAUGAAAUCGGGCAAACGACAAGCAAUGAUUGGAUAGAAUCAACGGGGAAAAUGACAAUCAAGUAUAGUAAAUAAAAAACUGUUCACCAGUCGUGGAUGGGUCGGCCCUUGUAACACACCCCGUUUUUAACGCUGCAAUCACUGGAUUAUUCCCAUUUUCUAGUGGUAGAAUACUGUAUCCAAAUCCGCUAGAACGUCUUCUUCAGGCAACUGUGUACUACGAAUCGCCAAGGAUUUAAAUUAUUGCAGGAACCGUCAGACACAAGGCUCGCCAUUGCACAAGCUGCCACAAAGACUGAUGUGGCGUCGGUUUGUGUUUGACGCAGCUGAAGGUAGAGAAGGAAGGAAUUCUCGAUUCGUUAAUGUCGAAAAGCGAGGAAGAGUUGGGUUUGACGCCCAGUGGCGGCGCAGAGGUGACUUCCCCGGUUCCUAGUUGCUGCUCCGCUGUUCAGCACCAAUCGCUGGGAAUCCUAAUGGAAGAUAACAUACGCAUGCGACAAGCCAUGAAUAAUAUGCUGUUGACAUUGACCCGAUGGAUUCGUCAAAACAAAGAACAAACCGAACACGUCCGAUUAUUAAUGCAAAUGCUGAAGGAGUCUAACGAGGAGAGUGAGAAAGAGCGAAACGUUUUACGGCAAAAUUUGGAGGACAUGGCUAUGCAAAUGAAAGUCAUUGAAGCAGACUUGGCUGUAGAGCGACAGAACAGAUUGCUGGCCAACCGGGAGAAGGACGUAGCCAAACAGUUGAUUUUCAAGCUGCAAGAAGAAAAUUGGGGACUUAGAAAGGCGCGCUCAAGGGCACUUAUUUCUCGCGAUGGAAGCUCCUACUCCUCCAACGGAUUUCCUAGUCCGCUAUCAUCCUCUAAGUUUGACUGCCCCCGUUGAAUGCUUUGGAUGAUUACGGCAACACCUGUAUAAAACUUUUUUAAAUAUUUUGAUAACAUGAACAAUUGUAUCGAUUGUUGUUCUAAAUUUUGUUUUAACAUUUCCGCAAUUGGAUGGAUUGUUUCGAUGUGAUUUUUAAAAAGCCAUAUUUGUUGGUGCAUGCAGGAACCUA